AUGAGUGAUUUAAUAACUAAGAAGGAGCUGUUGGAGAAGUUAUGCAAAAAAAUUCAAGUCAAAAUACCUGAGUUGUUUAAAAUCUGGCGUCAGUGUGGUUAUGAUGAGAGAAUGAUAUCCGAGUAUAGCAAAAAUGUAGAUGAUCAUAUAGAGGACUUAUUAGUUGAUAUGAUAAGUGAAGCCGAAAGCCGAAAGUGUGCAAUAAUUCGUGAGAUCAAAAUAAUCAGUAAAAAAAUUAAAGCUAUGGAAGUGGAACUGGAUAUAGAUGAGUCAGAUCGUGAUAAUCCUCCUACGGAACCGUUGAUUGAAGUUGUAGCAAGUUUACAGAGAAAAUUAAAGCACUUGGAGGAGAUAAAAGAUAAGCGUAUCUCUCAGGCAGAUAAAUUGAUCGAAAGAGAGACCAAGGUUUGUGAAGCAUUGGGAGUUCAACGUUUGGGUCUGGUUAAAAAUGUACCAAGUGAGGAGGAGUUGAUGCAGUUUGAGUCAAAGUUAGCUAAGCAAGAGGCUGAAUUAAUUGCACAUAAAACGACUUUCAAAGAAACGCGGCUCGCUAUUAUGGCUAUGAUGAACGAGAUGUCUCACGUACCAACACAUGAAUUUGAAAACUUAGUUUGUGUUGAUUACGAAAAUUUCAUUUUCUCCACAAGCAAUAUGAGAAAAUUACGGGAGUUGCACAGUGACAUCGAAGAGCAGCUCAGGGCAGCUAAAGAAGAUGCCAAAAAUAAACGUCAAGAACUGAUUAAACUCUGGAAAUUUUUGGAUAUUCCAGAAAAAAAAUGCCGAGAAUUUCUUGCCGUCCAUUCGGGUUAUGAUAUUCCUACUCUUAAUGCUUUACAAAAAGAAAUAAAGCGAAUGCAAGAAUUGCGCUUAGAAAAUAUUUCAAAGUUUAUUGUGAAAUUGCGCGAAGAUCUCCAGCAUUGGUGGGAGGUCUGCAAACUGAGUCAGGAAGAACGUGAUGAGUUCCGAUUUUUCAACUCACAAAUUUACACCGAAGACAUGUUAAAGAUUCACGAAAUCGAGUUAGAAAGACUUCGACACCACUAUGAAGAGAAUAAAAAAAUUUUUGAUUUAUUAGAAAAGUGGGAAGAGACGUGGGGUCAGAUGAAAGAAAUUCAACGCCGUUCUGAAGAUCCAGAUCGUUUUCACAAUCGUGGAGGUCAACUGCUUGCGGAUGAAAAAAUUCGCAAAGCCUGUAACAAGAACUUGCCAAAACUUGUUAAUCAAUUAAAGGAAAUGACAGAUGAGUAUGAAAAAAAACACCGCAAACUGUUUAGAGUUUAUGGAUUGACAAUAGACCAGUACAUAGAACAAGAAUACGAAAACCAGAAAGUUGAACUGGAAAAGCUGAAAGUUGAAACGGCUAAAGCGAAAGACGAGAAAAAUAAUUUGAAAAAGACACCAUUGAGUGCCUCCAGAAGAACACCUCGCACUGGUCUAAGUGUGUCUCGCCGAACACCUGGUGUCCUCAGCACAUCCCGUCGUACGCCAGUUUCAGCCAAAAACUUGCGCUCAAACACAUCGAUUAAGCGUAAAUUGUCAGAUCACUCGCCUUUUACUCGAGUAACAAAGCCUCGCAUGACGUCGAACAGCGAGAAUGUCCGACCAGCCAAAGUGGCGAGAAAGCUUAUCUCAGACAACAGCAAUAAAAGUAUGGGGAAAUCUCCCAGGAAGUCGCCAAGAAGAAAUCUCACCACCACAAACAAAGUCAUAAAUAUUGGCGACUCAACAAACAGCAUGGAUAAAUAUGAACAAUUUCAAGAACAUUUGGAGCAAAGGGAAGAUCUCAGAAGUACACUUUUGAUGGAAACUAGUGAACCUCGUAAAGUUAAACGACAACCUGCAACACCGAUCAAGCCAUCGCGUAAACACUCCCCGAAUACUCCGGCUGUUACUCCUGGUAAUAGAGAUCUGGCUACUAAGUUAACCAGCACACCGCGUACACCACGUCUUACUCCAGCACCUAGUAUGAGGAAUAUGGAAAAUAAUUUCUAG